UCGCCGCCUCUCUCUCCACCGUAGCGAGUGCGAACGCGCUUAACCUAAAACCCUGCCUCGUCCGCACGUCCCGUCGCCGUCUCUCCCGCGGCACCUCGCGGGGCCCCCGUCGUCACCGUCCGGCCUGGGUAAGCGGCACGGCGAAGCGUACGCGGGCUGGUGCGACGCGACGUCUCGCGCCGCGCGUCUCCGUGUCCCUCGUCGCGUCGCGUCGCGUAUUGUGUCCCGUCGCGACGCAACGCGACGCAUCGCAUCGCGAUCGCGUAUCGCAUCGAUCGGCUCGAUCGCGGGCGCGAUGCUAACCUGCCGUUCCUCCCGCGGGUCCAGUGUCCGCGUACGGCGUAAACACGCGCGAGUGUAGGUCAUCGGCGGACGCGACGGACCGCUCGGUACCCCCGCGAUCCUUCCUACCUCCGUUCGCCGAGUUCUCUCCAUCUCCUUCGGAGGAAUGCCCGUCUGAACGAACUGGAGAACGGUGGACGAUGCAACGACCCGGAGGCCGGUGUUUUUAGUGGUGGCUCGGUUCAGUUACGGAGCCUGUGAACGAGUGCGCGGUGUGCAUUCCUUAUAUUCCGCGCCCGCCCGCCCCUGCGACUCGACGGAAUAUCUGGACAGCUGCCCCGACCGAGGUCGCUCGCCGCGGGCUCUCGCCGUGUGAUAUCGCGCCGCGCCGGCGAUGGUGAUGACAUGCCGUCGUAAGAUGGUCCGAUCAAGAGCCAGCGCCGGAGCUUCACGGUGGAGAGACGCGACAUGCCCGAUGAGAAGAAUGCCUAAUUAGAGGAACACAUGUUCUGGGAAUUGAUGGGUAUAUGCUUUUCCUGCAGGAGACCCACCAGCGGCAGGUUGAACAGUAAAAUCUCUGAGCAUAUCUCGGCCUCCGUAACCCCUCUCCAUGUUUGUCUGGAGGAACAAAGAAGACCAGAACUGGGCUCAUGUGACGCCUCGCAAGCUCACAAGCCUCAGGUUAAAAGGACCUUUGAGAGUCAAAAGGCAGAAGAAGAGAUUCCCGAGGAGGUGGCUGAAGGUGAUCCGAUCCAAGUCGAGACAGGAGAGUUAAGACAAAGCCAGCCAAGCAUGGCCAAUACUAUCAGCAACAUGAAGAUGACUAAUCCCAUAAAGGGGCUUGUUAGUAAACGCCGCAAACGUUUCACAGAGGACGGUUUUAAUCUUGAUCUCACAUAUAUUAAAGCGAAUUUAAUAGCGAUGGGUUUCCCUGCUGAGAAGCUGGAAGGAGUGUAUAGAAAUCAUAUUGAUGACGUUGUUAAGCUGCUGGAAUCUAAACAUAAAGACCAUUAUAAGAUUUAUAACUUGUGUUCCGAGAGGUCGUACGAUUGCAAGAAGUUCAAGCAGAGAGUGGCUACCUACGCGUUCGAUGAUCACAAUCCACCAAAGCUGGAACAGAUCAAGCCUUUCUGCGAGGACGUGCAGUCGUGGCUGUCCCAGGACAAGGACAACGUAGCCGCGGUUCAUUGCAAGGCGGGCAAAGGUCGAACGGGUGUGAUGGUGUGCUGUUAUCUACUUCACAGCAAACAGUUUCCCACUGCCACGGAAGCCCUUAAUUAUUACGGAACCAAACGGACCCACGAUAGGAAAGGCGUAACGAUACCGUCGCAGAGAAGAUACGUAGAUUAUUAUGCUACCCUUCUUCAAGAGGGUGUCAGGUAUGAACCAGUGACGUUAUUACUGCGUAAAAUACAACUGGACCCAACCCCAAUUUUCAACGGAGGCCAAGGCUAUCUGCAUUUUGUAAUCUCGGAAUCAAACAAAAGGAUAUUUUCGCACGAUUGCGAGGUUCCGAAAGGUACAUCUUCUAUCUGCAUCCCAUUGCAAAGCAAUCCUCCCGUCGCUCUGACGGGAGAUAUACGGGUGGAGUUUUACAACUACAGGCCGAAAAUGAAACGAAAGGAGAAGAUGUUUCAUUUUUGGUUCAACACAUUUUUCGUCCGUGAGAAAACGAAUUCCGAGUGCGACAAUUAUGGAGAGUUACACGUUGAAAGAUCGGCGAGGGCAUUUAGCUGCGACGGCACGGCCAUGGAAUUACCGAUGGUUAUGUCGCACAUGAAACCUAGAACUGGAUCAUUGGCGAGUCUUGGUCCCAUGCCGCCCACUCUCGUUUUACGGAUAGACAAGUCAGGGUUGGACAAUGCACACAAGGAUAAAAAUCACAAGCUCUACAGUCCGGAUUUUAAAGUGAGUCUAUUUAUGCAUAGCGUGGGCGGCAACAUAUCGCCAGCUGUGCCAGCGGCGGCGAACAGAGGUGGCGACGGUGUGCAGCUGGGGAUGGGCGGGCAGGAGACGCCGAGCGAGUCGAGCGAAGCGGACAGUAGCGAGUGCGACACCACCGGCGACGAGGACGGUUGGGAAUCCGUGGACUUGGACCAGCGCGUCGGCCGGUACCGUCUUCUGUCCGAUGGAGGGAUGAUAGAUCUUUUGUGAGCUCAUCGCCAAUCACCCCUAAUCAUCCUUUGACUUCAUUAAUAUUUAAUAAAUUUUCUGGCACAUACACACACAUAUAUACAUACAUUCAUACAUACAUUCACACAAACACAUGCAUUCGCAUACGGACGCGAACGUUGUGCUGCGCGUCACGAAACACGUUACCGCGUCGAAAAGAACUACGCGACCACAUUACGUUUAAGCUUUUGUACUUGAGUUAGAAUCUUCUUUAGGGUCAGAGAGAACAAGCCAAUGUGAUUUUUUUCUACAUAAAGGAGAAGGAAGAGAGAUGUAUAUCGAGACUAAUUGCUUUCUUGCCGUUACGAUUCGACGUUGAUGGUUUCACACGACGUACACACGCGACAGAGAAGCGUAGAGAUUAGGUUUGCGAGUGACUACUGUUAUGGGAGAGAGUGGAUGCGGGAUAUGAGAGAGAGCGCGAGAAUGGGAGAGAAAAUGAGCGAGAAAGAAAGCGCGAGAGGAAGUCCGAGUGAUUGGAAUGAAAGUAUUUAUUAUCCGUAAGAACCUAAUCAAAAUUAACGUAUUCACAGAGUUAACUAACAAUGUACUGUUUGUAUUAAGCACAUUUUACUUGGGCUCUUUCUUCUUUUGUUUUCUGUAAGCGACACCAUUUGUGAACAACUUGAGCUCACUUCAUUCUGCAUGGCACGUUUUUUCACACGGCGAUUAGACACAUAGACAAUUUUUGUCAUAAUCGAGCAAUACCGUUUAUUCCGAAUUUAUUAGGAAAUAAAAUUACGAAAUGUCUCGUGAAAGAAUAGCAAAGUAUUUUUUAUACUUGUCAGCGUACUUUGUACGCAGAUUUUUAGUGAAUUGUCGAUUAAUUGUAAUUAAUUAGCUUCGACUAUUUCGAUACAAUUAGCUCUAUGGAUAAAUAUUUAAUUACUUUUCUUAUUAUUUCAUUCUCUGAUCCGCUUAGAAAUUCCUACUGACGCAGCAGACGCGACGAAGUGUGCCGAAAAUUGUCUAUGUACGCUUAAGCUUAGGGAAUUGGCGAAACUUGUCUAAAUAGAGCUUCUAACGCUGAACACGCGGGCUCUUACAUUUGUCACAAGUGAGCUUGUAAAUUCUUGAAUACUAAAUUCGUGACGGACACGUGUUUGUAAAUGCUACUUUCAUCGGAAAGUGCGAUAUAAGAAAAGAUUACUAUGGACUUCCCUAAGCAUUCGAAUAUUCGAGGAACACUUCAUGUGGCUGUUCCACCUUGUGCCGAACGAGGCAAAGUAUGGGAAUAGAGAGAACUUCCAGGCUCAACGUAUUAACAAUAUACAUACUUAAUAAUUUAACCCUCACUUUUUCCGCUUGCGAAACCUGUGAUUAAUAAGUGGUUUUCCUUAAGUUGAAGAGACAAAGAACGUAAAGGACAAGUAUAGAGUCAAAUUUCAAAACGACAACACAUGUAGAAACAUUGUGUCCGUUAGAUAGAGAAAAUGCGGUCGAAAACAAAUGAACGGGCUAUAUAUACAUGUAUGGCGUAGCGGAAGUGCAUGUUUAUAUGAACUAUACAUAUAUGGACUGAGAUGGAAGAAAAGAAAAUGAGAAAAUAAUGCUGUAAAAAAACGAAUAUUUUCAUAAGAAUAAAAAUAUCGUAAGUCAAUAAUAAUAACGUCUAGAGAGAAUAUUGUGUGGAACGCAACCGCCGUCGUGAUUUCUUCGCUGAAAGAACCGACUCUCACCGUGUAUCUCCUUGCGAGUCUCUCGUGAUUCGUUUUCGUACGCUUGCAACGAUCGGGCAAGAUUCGCAGGGGAUUUGCUGUGCUGAUAGAGCUCAAUAUUGACUGGUAACGCGCGUUUCAAGAGAUCGAGAAUCCUCUUUGAUUUUGAUUUAACAUCCAGACUCGUCGCGCUCUACUCGAAAUUGCUCCAGCGAAUUCGAUCUUUAUUCAGCACACAUUUGUAUCAGAUGUUUUUCAUUGCAUUUCUCGCGCGACUGUAAUUUUUAAGGGAAGGUAAAAUGAUGUUCCUUUAAACUCAAAUAUGGUUUUAUAUCGUGCAUUCUUCUCUCGAGAAUUAAUUCGUCGCGAUUUCUUUUUUAUUUUGAUAGUAAUAAUUACGAUAUUUUUUUAAUUUAUUCUAAACUAUACAGUGAAAAUAUUUGCUAAGAAAUUUGUGGCUGGGAGAAAUCGUUUUGAGAUCUCCCGUGCGCCUCUUUCGCGAAAUAAUUUUACAGAAAGGCACAUUAUUUUGCUUGAUAACUUAAGAUGAUCGAUCCUGAACUUCUUCAUCUCGUGUGCGAUAUCUUUUCGACGUAAAUUUACAGCACGGAUCCAUCGUGCGCAAAAGUGUACAAAAAGAAAGAAAAAUAUAUUUGUUUUCCUUCAAAUAUUAUUUCCACUUGAUAUUCAGCGCUAUUUCAGCAUACGAAGUGCGAGGAACAAGUAUGUAGAUAUGUGCAAGGAUUUCCUCCCGUGGAUCCUCCGCGGAUGUCCUCGCGUGUAUAACAAGUUUAUACGCAGAGCUUACGCCGACUUGACAUACUGAAUUUCUUCCCGGUGCGUUGUCCUUGGUCCGUUGCAUUGUCUUGCGUUGCAUCGAUAGAGCACUAAUAGUAACGCGCGUGUAGUUAGGACUACGUUCCAACACUAUGAAACACACACUGCGAAACCACCUGCCAUGUCUCAGAAAAAAAUGUCACUGCACCUCUUUAUGAAUGCUGACUUUACUAAACUUCUUCUGAGAAUUGUACGUAUGUGUGUGUCAGUGAGUGAGUGAGUGAGUGAGUGUGUGCGUGUGCGUGUACGCGUAUGUGUGUGAAGUAUAUAUCUGGCAUCUCUCAUUUAUAUAUAAUAUAUAUAUGUACACACCCACACACAUCUGUCCAGCUUCGUGAUACACAUUUGGAAGCCGCGAGUCGUUGCGUAAUCUCUGAAAGACACGCCGUUCGCAGGCGAACGCAAUCGGCAAACGCUCGGCAAAGGUUGACUUUUUCGAUUAAUAAAACGUACAGACGGACCUCGUUACGACCAUCGUCAGGGAAGAUGUUGUUUAAGCGGUAAUUUAGUGGAAGUUUUGUCGCGUAAGAGACAUUUCGUGCUCCUCUUUUGCACACAUGUGGAUUGAAGGGAUAAAAAUGUGAUGUACAGUGGAGAUAACGGGACCUAAUUUUCGUUCUUGAUAUUCCGUUCAAUUUGUGACGAUUGAUCGAGUGUUUGCAGAAUUUUUGUUACGUCAAAUGACGAUACCUCAAAACUGGGACGGCCAGUGUUGUUGCGCAGCUUGGAAGUGAUGUAUCUCAAAAAUUCUGUAUUCAUCCUUUUACCUCCGAGCAAUGUUCAUUUUGUGUUAGUGUCAAUCGAUCAAUAUAUAAAUCAACGAAAUUAAUAGAUUUAUACAGAUUUAUAAUAGCUUUUCAAGGGGUUAAUAACCGCGUAGCCACACGUACGAAUGUCUGACGAAUAUCAGCAAGCUUCCACUGACCUGGCUCUUUGCUAAUUAACUUUGACGAUUUUAGGGCUUUUCCUUGAAGCAGCCACUUCCGUAAAACGAUGAUACCAAUGUUCCUACACGUAGAGUAAAACAAAACUGUAAAUCAAAAGCUGCGAUUUAGCCGAGUUACGAUUGUAACAAGGUGGUCCGUCAGAAACGUAAUACACGCGUACCUUGAAUUUGAAGAUACGAAGAAAUGUCCGGGGCAGAAUUUUCGCGUGACCUGUCUCUUCGGAGGGAAAAUUGAAACGCAAAAUAUUAGGUGGUAAACUUAGUUUCCGCGGUGUUGUUUGUUUAACAAGCUCAUUUAUUUCGAUAUUAAAAGCACAUCAAUCAAAGUAUUUGCCCUCGCUAGCUAUACAUUUUUUCCCAUCUUUCUGGCAAUGAGUGGAUUCCGCAAUGAUAGAGCGAUUGGUCUUUUGAUGCAAUGCAUUCAUCGAUCCAUUUUCGUACAUCCUCGUAAUUUUUGAAGUGCGUAUCCACCAAGCCGUGCUGCAUCGAUCGGAACAAGUGAUAAUCUGAAGGAGCCAAGUCUGGUGAAUACGCUCGGUGCGGGAAAACUUCCCACUCGAGCUGCAUCAGUGUUUCCUUGACGGCUUUUGCAACGUGUGGUCGAGCCUUGUCGUGCAAAAGAAUAACUUCCUUUCCGUUUGAAUCUUUCCCAUUGCAUGUAGACGUUUGGAAACGGCCAUCGGAGUAACAUUUAACGCAGCAGACAAUUCUUGGAGCGUUUCAGCUGAGUUUUCGUCCAAUAAUGCUUGCUGUUCGGUGCCUUCAAACUUUUUCGGCUGAGCGUUAUUUAUCAUUCACAUUAAAAUCACCACUUUUAAAUCGCUGAAACCAUUCUUGGCAUGUUCUUUCCGAUGGAGCACACUUGACAUAAGCUUCGACAAGUAAUUUAUGAGCUGUAGCUGUAUUUUUUUUUUUUUCAAAUCAAAGUAAUGAAGCAGCACAUGUCGAAAAAACCACUUAUCAUGUUCCAUGUUUAAUCAAAAUAAAAAAAAACGGCACUGUUCGCUUAAAUGAAUCUUUUCGCACUGAAUUUUAUUUACAAAUGUCUAACCUUUAAAAUGCAGCCAGUUUCAGAUGUCAAAUUACACUUACAACUAGCGUAAUCUAAAUGUGAGCCGCGGAAACUAAGUUUACCACCUAAUAUUAUUGUCGCGAGUACUAAUGUUUUCUUUCAUUUCUUCAUAAACGCCUAUAAUCCCACUUAAAGUGAAUCCACGAGGAGAUUCACUCCCAAGUGUUUCCGAAGUUAUUUUUGUUUUAAAUAUUUUAAGUGUACUUGCACACGGGCCUGAAACUUUAAUCUCCUUCGAAAUACUCCCCAUAGGACUAAUGCAACAAUCCCAGCGCCUUUCCCAUUUUAGGAAAUACUGUCUAAUUUCUUCUUCCGAAAUGCUGUCAGCGAUCCGAGUUGAACCUCGUCAAUAUCAGCAAAACGCCUCCCUUUGAGUUGCCGCUUCAUUUAAAAAGGUCACAAGGGACGAGGUUGGGUGAGUAGAGCGGGUUACCAUUUUAUUUUUAGCCAAAAAGGUUCAACGCUGGCAGCUCUUAAUAGCAUUCGGAAGAAGAACGUAGACAGUAUUUCCUGAAGUAGGAGAGACACUGGAAUUGUUGCAUUAAGUGACGUGGGCGAGUACUUUGAAAGGGAUUAAAGUUUCAGACAGUGAGUACACUAAAAAUUUUUCUUUAAAUAAUUCCGGAAACUGUCGGGGUUUCUCCCUCGUUCAUUUCAUUAAACUGAUACUCAUUGAUAUAGUUCAGACGAAAGAAUUUCGCAAAGACUUUUUGCUUUCUCGAAAGCACUCGCUCUUGUCCUCGACAUGUUCUUUCGGUAUCGGCGAAUGGAAGUACCUAGAUGUAUAGUUUCUAGGGGAUCAGUUGAUGUAUCAAUUAUUAAUCGAAAAACGAGACACAUUUGGAUUCGGAGAGGAUUCACCUUCGUGCGAAACACGAGGAGUGAGUGAAUGAGAAUUGGGACAUCCCGUUUGUGCCGUCGAUAGCGAAGCCGACGAGGAGAGAAUCAACGAAGCCGUUCUUUCGACAUGACAAACAAAUUCGUUGUACAAAAGUGCGUGUGAGGAAGAACAAAGAGAAAUGGACGUACCGAUUACUUUGCUGUAUGCCUGCGUACCAGUGAUUGUUGCGUUUAAGUGAGUCUAAAGAGCGGACACGGUACUCGCGGGAAAAUUCUCGAACCGGGUUUUCCCUAUCGCUGAUCAGUAUACACGUGUCAGCUGCGACUAUCGCGAUAAAAGCGGCGCGAGAAGCUUAUUUUUAGCACUGACGAACAAUUUUAAGGCGAACGAUUUUAUCCAAAAUGGCAUAUGAAUUUUAUACGCGGCCGCGUAUCAACGAUCGUUUUCUGUCGUUUCUACUGUUGCGCGUGGAAUUUGUGGUGAUUGUCAUAAAGUUAUCAUUAUCGAUGCAUGAUCUACCUUAAAAGGCAGUUCAGAAAAAAAAAGAUGACAUUUUUUCUCCCCUAAUCAGAGAUUUCUCAUUGCCGUUUGCAACGUGAAUAACCGCAUUCUACGAAGAAUUGCGUAAUACAAAAAUUUCAUAUCUUGUUAACUAACAGAUCUUGCUAUCGACUUAAAUAUUUGGUUCAAACUAAUCUAUAUGCGGUGGCACAUAAUUUACAAAAUAAAAUACGUUAAUGUUGCAUUAAGAAUUUUCGAGUAUUCAUUUAAUAUUAUUUGCCAUUAAUUUUUGUUGAGACGCAGUCUUUUCUUCAUCCACAUUUGAGAGUUGCGCUCUGUUUCGCGAGUACAAAGUUCUCUUUUCUAAUGUCCAAUUUUUCUGGAUUGCCUCGUACAAAGAUUGACAAACACGACGGACGAAACUCUUUCUCGUACAUUUUGUUACACGAACGCGUCUACUUGACACUCGGUCGUUUCACAACUACGCGAUAAACGUAUUUUUGUACUUUCUCCUUAUUGUUAAAUUGGAUGCAGGUAUGUAAGCCGUACCUCUCGAUGCGUAUAAAUAUAUAGGAUCUCAUAUUAUAUUAUAUACGAACAUUAAUUAACGAUUACGCGUGAAUUACCCGUCACUUAUCAUUUAGAACCAAAAUAUGGAUUAGAGAUCGAUUUAGAGCGCGCGGAGCGAUCCGAUAAUAAAGUACGUUUACUUCGCCGAUUUUUUAUAUCGCACCAGUCGGUGUCGACGAGAGUAAAAUUUUGUCAUAAAAAUUGUGAAUAUAUACAUAUAUAUAUAUAUAUAUAUACGUUAGUUACUGACAAAUAAAUGUUACACGAUGCAGUUUGUGUAAGAAUAUCCCUGUUCGUGUUCUUUCGAACGAGCCGCAUCUCUCCUACGACUUUACUUUCUCCGACAAGUAGAUAUUGUACAAUACAUUACGAGAGAGUACUUGUAAACGAAAACUGCAAAUUUAUACCGUUGAUCAUUUCCAGAAUUUAUAAAGAGAUUAAAGCGCGCACAAAACUCUAGAGUUUAUAUUUUAUCAUGUUUACGGAUAUGUCUGUCUGUGCGUCUGUAUAAGCCUGUCCUUUGUCCGAGAAAGAAAAAACAUGUUCGAUAUAACUUGUAUUAAUAUUCCUGCCUUAACAACCCCAUUGCGACCGCAAGCAUUGACGCUGAUGUCCAUUAGCUGUCGGAUCAAACUCUGCAAUGAAUGUAAUAAAGGCAUAUGAUUCAAUCUCUUAUCAUUAUUGCGAAAUAAAAUAAUUAUAUAAUCGACUUCUAGAGCGUGUCUCUCGAACUUGCGAAUCUAAGAGUGAGCGACGUAUGCGUGAUCUCUCUUGUUACAUUUUCUCCUCGCAAUCAGAUUCGUUGCGUUCGCCAGGGUAAGUUCAAGAGCAAAGAAAUUUCAUCGGAGAGCCGAUAUCUCGUGCAAAUCAAAACGCAGCGCAAUGAAAUUUACUUUCUUUUGCGUCAUCUCCCUCGAACUCGACGCAUUUUGCUCUCUUCGCUAUCCACGGGGUAGUUCUGACCCUCGGCUAUUUUUACGUGUCGAAAUCAAAACGAGUAUUCUCGUCUAGACAGGACCGCAUUGCAAUUUAAAUAUCCCUUAAGCGAAAGUAAACGUGAGGAAGGGGGAGUUUGGAAAAAUGCGUUGAGAUCUGAGGAACGGAAGAAUAAUGUGAGCUUCAUAUUCUUUUUACAUCUCCCUGAACAUAAAUGUACGUGUAAAAAGAUCUAUUUGUUUUCUCUCUCUCUCUCUCUCUCUUUCUCUCUCUUGUUUUUUCGCUUAUCCUCGCUUCUUCAUAAACGGCAUUUUUUUUCGCACAGUCCCACCUCCCUGCCCAAGUGUCCCACCUGUAGCUGUUGGUUUGCCCCAGAAACUUGCGAUAUCUCGUCGCGACAUCGCGCCUUUCUCCACGACUGACGAUAGGUCUGCUUGCAGGGGAAUCGACAUAUUUGUGACUGUUGAGACUUGACUGAUGAUGAUGGCGGGGCCGAUCGUGGCUAAACCCUGUGACGAUCAACCUCUGACCGCUGAAAACCUCCGCACCGCUUGAUUACCGAAUCGAUUGUGUGUGCGAAUAGAUGAAACGACCACCAUCGCCAUCCCGUGCCUGCCACACCACGCAUGCAUACACACCCCCUGCCCGCCAUCCCACGCCCCACAAAAAAAAUAAACUCUUCUUGGUACACACACGCUGAUGCUUCACGAAAGAAAAGAGUUAUUACGUUAUCAUUUAGAGUUAAUUAAUUUAACGUUACUGUCGUGUGUCGCAUCGCGCGCGUGAUCAGCACACGGCUUUUAUAUGAAAGAAAUAAAGCGCCAGUUUUUCUUUUAAUCCCGAUUGUCGCCGAGAGAAUCCCUCUGUCUCGGAUAUAUGUAUUUAUAUAUGAAUCGCGACGAUCUAUUAGAUAGCGAAUAAAUGAUUUUGUAUAAACGCAAAUGUAUUUAUGAAUUAAUGUAUCGUCCAAGUCGCGACAGGGUGUUGUUCGGACCGAAGUCGACCCUCAAGGCCCAGCUCGCUGCUUGUUAAGUAGACUAAUUCCCGUCUUGGCUGCGCCGAGCAGAUAGUGACGCUUUUACGAAAAUUAUAUAGCAAUCUUCUUGAAAAGUUUUUUUAAUCGUGAAAAAAAUUUAGACAAAGUAAUAAGAUAAAGAUUGCGGAAAGAAUUUUGAAGCAAGGGGCUCUUUAAGAGCGCGUUUCGGAUUUUUGCUACACGGAGAGGCGCUUGGUUUCUUCUGUGCAAAAGCUGUCCGGCUCAGUGCUAGCUAAUGAAAUUUUUAUAAAGAAUUAAUAUUCGGCAGACAUUUUCGUUUCGGUCUCGCGCGUCGAACGUGUUUCGUUGUGUUGAAAAUGGAUCGAUUUCGCGUGCAAGUCGAGUGAGAGCCCGGGUAUGUGAAGUACUUCCCAAAUACUCGAGUACGAAGCUCUAAAAUACGCGCUGUCGCGUGUAACGCGCAUAAAUGAGAUGUUAAAUCGAGUUUCUCUUCCCCCCCCCCCCUUAUUUAUUUAUUCAUUCUCCGAAGAGAGAGCAGUAACGAUAUUCGUAUCUUGGGCGAAUGACUAUUUAUUAUCUUUCCCCGACGUGUUUUAUUCUAUAUUAUAUACGUAUACGCAAGCGUUUCUUUUCUGGUGGCUCUUCGACGUGAUGGACGAUUCAUUUCGAGAACGUUGAUAUCCGAUUUGCCGCAACAUUGUGUAUUCGCGCGCUGAUAUUAUUAUUACUUUAAGUUCGCAUGUAUCUUGUUUUUCGUUCCCGACGAGAUUCGUCGGUUUAAUUUGUACAAUACCUUUGUUCUCCUUUUUUUUUUAUCAUGCCGACGUGAAGCAGGAUAUCAGUUAUUAAUAUGGAAUUGUUCGAUAAACGUGCACGCUACAAUUAAUUGUGUAUAGUGUGGUCAUCUAUUCUUAAUUUAAUUCGUUAAAAUGAUGAGAAAAUGAGGGAAGGAAACAUGGUGACUGAUUGUUGACGUAUGCAAUUGGUGUUCAGCAUCGAAAUACAAUCGUUUCUAAGAAAAAAAAAAUAGACUUUGUUAUCUAUUAUUAAUAUUAUUAUUAUUGAUUGGAUCGUUUAUGUAUUUUAUUUAUGAUCAUGUUGUACCAGGGUUUUUAAUACUCUAUUCCGAUCUUUUAUAUUAUGCCAUCGUUUAGCAGGAAACGACGAGAAAGUUAGAGAUAUGUAUAGCGUUGCGUUUAAGAACGCGUUACGAGAGAAUAGGUACGUAAGAUCCAUUAUAGCUGAAAUUACGAGUAGACGAUUUUUACAUUAGAUCGAUAAGUAUAGCAAUAAACGUCGUUUGAUUUACUUCUGCGCGUUUAGUAUCUAAUUAAACCGAAACAAAAAAAAUAGAAAAAUGGAAAGAAAAAGAAAAAAAUCCCGAUAUCUUUUCUGUUGUAAUAGAGUAAAUCGAUAUCUCGCAUGUAUUCCGCAAUAGGAGCUUAAGUUUCAUCGCUAACAUAUACGAGUACAUCGUGACCCCGGCACGCAGAUACGAUCUUUGUAACGUCAUCAAUAGAGUCCGCUCUUUACAAGAAAAAAAAAUUACAAAAUAAAGUAUACGCAUAUUCAUCGCUAUACAUGCGUCCGCGCGAAAAAUGCAUUUGAAUGGAUUUUGCGGAACUUUGCCUCCUCAGAUAGAUUUCACUUUUCACUUACCGGAAGCUUUACUGGGACCAAUAAAACUACCUUGUAAGUUUGCGUAUUUCUUUCUUCUUUGCUGACGGCGAUCUUAAUUUUAAGAGCUCUAUAUAUUUAUGGUAUAUAUUAUAAAUUAAUUACUCGACUCAGCCUAUAGAGUACAAAAUACGUGACUUGAUCUCAGAUUUAAAUAGAAAAUUAAUUACCUUUCUCUGCCUUUCUGGACGAGCGCGGCGUUGAUUUUUGAACGGCUAUCAUUGAGAGUGUACGUUUAAGGAGUCAUGUUAACAAAGGACAGGUUUUACGUUAAACGAAUAAAGAGAUUAGAAGCUUCUAAAUUUAUCGCACAUCGAUCUAUCUGUCAAUCGCAUUAAUUUUGUCGUCGAAUGUACGCGACAGUGACGUCUGGAAAUUUCCGUCAUCUGUGGCCAUAGCAUGAUUCGUAUUUUUUUGGGAUAAAUCGUAUCCAAUAUUAAGCUUUAUGCGGAAAGCAUUAAUUUUAUCCGAACUACGACAGGAGAAUUUUAAACAGACAAAACAGGAAACGCGAGAGGACAGCCCUCGAAAGCAUGCCAUAAUAAUUACGAAUAAUAGUAUUCGUUUCUUUGUCUAAAACUUUUCUACUUUUGUAACGCGUAACUCGGUGAUAUUCUGAACGACUGACGAGGAGCGCGCGCCUUCCUUUAUUCUCUCGAGAACGAAUCGUUCGUUAUUAUUUAAUUCAUUAAUUUAUCCUACUUGAAAGACCCGAUCACAAUUUUUCGCUUCCGCAACAACGAAAUAUAUGUUUUAUUUUUAUAUACAAAUAUAUAUGUAUAUUCGUUUGUUCCUAGUGCGAUUUAUAACGCAGUUAGAUACGGUCUAGUUGGCAAUUCGUCAAAUUUCAACUUUACACGAUCUUUUUAGCGUCUUAUUUUAACAAAACCCCUCCCCCUUUAAGCUGCGGACUCUGGCAGUCCGACUUAUCGUUAAUGAUUUAAAGAUAGAGGCAAUACUAUAUACUAUCCGCAGAUAGUUAAGUUAUAAUAUGUAAUAAUGCGUUCAAAUGACAAAUUGCGUUUUUUACAAUGUACCUUGCAAUAACAAUAAGUUUGAUAUUAAAACAA